GCAACAGCAAUCCUUGACAUUUGAGUACGACUGUGAAACCUACGAUAAAGUUUACCUUUUAAGUUGUUUUAAAUAAAAAUUAGUGUUGAUUGAUGAGAGCAAGUCGUCCUACUGCGAGAUAAAAUCACAAAUCAGCGAAUCGUGGAGUGUCGCGUCGUGUUGCAUCGCAGCGAUUAAUUAAUGAAAGUAACUUUUUAUACAAAUAAGCCUAGGACUUCUGGUGUUUGGCUGAAAACUGGUUGCAUCUAUUUUUAGAAAAAGCGCGAAGCAGGUGGAACUAAGAUCAUUUGAUUGAGGCGAUUCUUUAGCCGAAACGAAAUCUGAUAACAACACGAUUAUGAGCUCUGAUCCCUCAAAAACCAUUAUUGGAGUUGUCUGUAAAAAUGGCAUUGUCUUGGCUAUCAAUGAAUUGAAUCAUCAUUUUUUUUACGUGGGCAAUGCCAUUUAUUUCUGUUCUGAAAAUCAGCCCAGUCAUCGUGAUGCCCUAAUGGCUAUCUGUAAGAAACUAGAAGAAUACAGUCUAAAAAGUUACACUAAGAUGACGGUGGAAGCGGUGGUUAGCGGGGUGGUGAAGGAAGAAUACGAGCAGCUAAACAAAAAGGAACUAUUGUUAGCUGGUCUGGAUUCAAAGGGUCUACAUCUGUAUGCCUUUUAUCCGCUUUGUGGCUGUUCCAGUGUCAAAUUUGUUGCUUUGGGCGAGAGAUCUAAAAAAAUGAACAAGUACUUGAAAAAAAAAUGGAAUGCUGAUUUGGAUCUUAAACUUGGCGAGGAGUUGGCCCGCAAAGCUUUUCACUUGGGUCUUACGGACAAAGCAUCGGAUAAUUCUAAAAUGGAAAUUGGUAUAAUAUACAUGAAGCUUAAAAAAGAUGACGAUGAGUUUAAUGAAUGUUUUUAACUUUAAUAAAUUGAUUUGAUGAAAACUAC